AUGUUGGUGACCAGCGACCCGGAACGGGACGACACGCCCAUUGCUUCCUUUAUACGUCUUGUCUUAGCAGCCGAAGACAUCAGGAAGAAAGGCGACUGGGUCACCGUAGGAAAUGAGAUUCAGUACUUCUGGCGACGCGGUGUACGUGGUGUCCUUCGUCCAUGCCACUGGAUCUACGGGGGAGAGUGGCUCGUCAAGGAUAUCCCAGAUCCGCGGCCAUGGUUCGGAAACAACGCAAUGCGCUACGCGUUCGCAGCAUGCAUUGCAGAACAAAUGGCUGAAGUGUUCAACUGGAGGUUGGACCGGCUAAACGUUAGAAGAGAUAGGUGGACAGGCAAGCUUUCUGGUCAGUGGGAUCCCAGACUGCCUCCGCCUCAGCCCGAACAUCCUCCGAGCUGGUGCGCAAAAGUUGGGCCGUCUCCUAAGCGUCGGAUUGUGGAUGAAUAUCGGCGCGCGCAUCAUACACGAUGUCCAGAGGACGAGUAUUCGGAUAUCUUUGCUAAGCGAAAUUUGGUAGCAAAGACAGGAUUCCUGGAAUUCGCCUGGACCCUGAAUCUCACUCCGGCCGGGGCAAAUUUCAGUUUUACUGCGCGCGUUGCCGUAUCUAUUGGCGCAGCGCUGCUCGUAAACUCCAUCCUUUAA